CUACGCAGCCCUCACCAUGCCCCCGGCCAGGGCUUGCACCCCUUCUCCCAGUCUGCGCUUGCCCUGCACGGCCGCUCCGAUCACAUGUCCUACCCGGAGCUCUCCGCGUCCUCCUCCUCUUGCAUCAUAGCGGGAUACCCCAACGAGGAGGGCAUGUUCGGCAGCCAGCAUCACAGGGGGCACCACCAUCACCACCACCAUCACCACCACCAGCCACAGCAGCAGCACCAGCAGUCCUUACAGACGAACUGGCACAUCCCGCAGAUGGCUUCCCCGCCACCGCCUCCCCCGCCUCCGUCCGCCUCAGCCAGACACAGCCUGUGCCUUCAGCCCGACGCGGCUGGACCCCCGGAGCUAGCCAGUAGCCCCCCGGGACUGUGCUCGAACUCAUCGAGUUUGGGGACCGGCACCCCGACAGGGGCGACGUGCGCUCCGGGAGAUUACGGCAGGCAAGCGCUGUCCCCGGUGGAAACGGAGAAAAGACUGGGCAAGCGGAAAAGCGACAGCUCAGAUUCUCAAGAGGGAAAUUAUAAAUCUGAGGUCAAUAGUAAACCAAGAAAAGAAAGAACAGCUUUCACCAAAGAGCAAAUCAGAGAGUUAGAAGCAGAAUUUGCCCAUCACAACUACCUCACCAGGCUGCGGAGAUACGAAAUAGCUGUGAACCUGGAUCUCACUGAAAGACAGGUAAAAGUUUGGUUCCAGAACAGACGGAUGAAAUGGAAACGGGUAAAAGGAGGGCAACAGGGAGCUGCAGCCCGAGAGAAAGAACUGGUGAACGUGAAAAAAGGCACCCUGCUCCCAUCAGAGCUUUCUGGCAUUGGUGCGACCAGCCUCCAACAUACGGGGGACUCCCUGGCAAACGACGACAGCCACGACAGUGAUCACAGCUCUGAGCAUGCACACUUAUGAUAAGACACGAAGGAACCCUAGCUCUGUUCUCAGGAAAACCACGCUAACCCAGCGGCCUUACACGGACGUUAACGGAUGCAAGUGGCUGACUCUCUGACAAUCAAAACAAAACUAAACAUAGGACUUACUAUUUCCACUACUCUUGAACUAUUAUUUUUAUUAUUUUUAUUAUUAAUAUUAUUAUUUGUGUUCGGAUUCAGUAAGUGCCAUGCCUCCAGUGUGCCUUGUGAGCAGAAGCAGAAGACACAUUUGCUUUUGAACAUUCCAGGUUCGUCUGCCCUUUCAGUGACAACGGAGCAGGUAUUUUGUCUUUCUUUAGCUUGCGCCAAACAAUACUGUUGCUUUCCAGAGAUUUAGUAUUUUGAAAAAAUACACCCCCACAGUGUCAACAGAAACACUGUCUCCCGAGGAUAAGAAUUGUAUUUUAACUCUGUAUAUAUUUACUUUGCAGCAUUUUUACUUUUCACUCGUUUUUAGCAGUGCAUUCAUAUUAGCUGACCGCAAUAGUCACUCAUGAGAAUAAAUGGCUUUUUUUUGGUCUAAUUUUUGUUUUGUGUGCCAGAGUUAUAGAAUACAUGCAGACAUUUGGGUUCACAAAACAAGUGACGUAAAUGAGUCUGCUAGCUGAAGUCCUUAUACCACAGACAAAACAAACCUUAUGUUGCAUUUACUAUCAACUGCUGCUAAUAGGAAAUUAUUAAACCUUGUUCCUCAAAACGUCUUACUUUAUAACAGCAAAGAUUUUUUUUUUAAAAAAAGAAUCAUGCUUAUUAUGAAAAGAAAACUGAAUCUUGAUUCAUUAUUAGAAUUUAUUACUACAAUAAUAUAAUAGGCAUAUGAUUCUUGUAGCUGGAUAUAAUCCAGAAGAUCCCCAAUACAUUCAGUAAAGCUGCUUCGAAACAAAUUGUGAACAGUAUUUUCUUACAAAUGGGAAAGUGUUUUAUCUUUCAUUAUUUUGUAUUAAUAUUCAGGUAUUAAUAUUACAAUAUGAGUAAGUAUUCAAAUUAAUAAGACAAAGUUCUCUGUCUAAUGGUCAAGUUUUAUUAAACAUGUUUGCAUACAGAACACAAAAAUAAGGAUAUUUUCUCCCCUCUUUUAAGCUUUUGUGUACAUACAAUGAAAUAAGAACAACCCAAAAAUUUUCACAAAACAUUGAUUGUACUUUGUAAAGGAAAUG